AUGUUCUCGCCACAGCUUGUUUUCUCGUACCUUUCGGAAGAAAUCGGGCCAUGUGACGUCUCCCGAAAACCGACACGGAUGGAGCAAACUCGCAUUCUGCGGGAAGCGUUGUACGAUAAUCUGGCAAUUGACUGCGAGGAAGAUGAAGUUAUAGAAGAUUACGAAGCAGAUCCAACAUGGCCUCUAAACUGCUCUGGCAAAUUUUAACAUCCUCACUUCUAACUUCUGCGAAAACUUCGAAUGAGAAGCGAAUGGAGUAAACAAUGUGCAAUACAACGAAUUAUUUGCGUUUCAUCUGCUGAUUUCCAGUUUUUUUUUCAGAUUAAGUUCAUCGAAAUUCUUUACUUUUGCAAAGUCGUGAAAUAACACACUCUUUAAACACCAAUAGAUUCU